AUGUACUGGCACAUGUGGAACGCUAAGCCCAACGUUGUGAGCCCUCGUGGCAAGUGCGACAGAGUACCAGUGGCUAACAGUAGCGUGGUUGGUGCCGGGUUACAGUCUGACCUUCAAAGAUAUCCUUUUGCCUUGUUCCAGCGCUAUUUCCUCUUCCAGAAGGAGACCUACCUCAUUCAUCUCUACAAUGUGUUCACAGGACUCUCAAUUGCUUACUUCAAUUUUGGGAUGCAGUUCUUUCAUUCCCUGCUAUGUGUCCUAAUCCAGUUCCUCAUACUGAGACUAAUGGGUCGCACAAUCACUGCCGUCUUCACCACAUUCUUCUUUCAGAUGACAUACCUUAUGGCUGGAUAUUACUUCACAGCCACAGAGCAUUAUGACAUCAAGUGGACAAUGCCACAUUGUGUCUUGACCCUCAAGUUGAUUGGUCUGGUCAUCGAUUACUAUGAUGGAGGAAAAGAUCCGGAGUUCCUGACCCCUGAGCAGCGGCGAUUUGCUGUCCGGGGAGUUCCUACCUUGCUGGAGGUCUCAGGAUUCUCCUAUUUCUAUGGUGCCUUCAUGGUGGGGCCUCAGUUCUCCAUGACAGACUAUCAGAAACUGGCAAGGGGAGAGAUGACUGACGUUCAAGGCCAGAGACCCAAUAGUUUUGUGCCUGCUCUCAAGCGCCUGAGUUUGGGUCUCUUGUUUCUAGUAACCUAUACCUUGUCAAGCCUGUACAUCUCUGAUGAAUACCUCAUCUCAGAUGAGUAUAUGGAGAAGCCUUUCUGGUUCCGUUGUGGUUACAUAUUGAUCUGGGGCAAAAUUAUACUCUACAAAUACGUAACCUGCUGGCUUGUUACGGAAGGUGUCUGCAUCCUUGUUGGUCUGGGGUACAAUGGGGAAGACAAGAAUGGAAAGCCUCUGUGGGAUGCCUGUGCCAACAUGAAGGUCUGGCUGUAUGAGACAACACCUUUGUUCACAGGGACCAUUGCGUCUUUCAACAUCAACACCAAUGCCUGGGUGGCCCGCUACAUCUUCAAGCGUCUGAAGUUCCUGGGUAACAAACUGCUGUCACAGGCACUGGCCCUGUUCUUCCUGGCCAUUUGGCAUGGGCUGCACUCUGGCUACCUGGUGUGCUUUCAAAUGGAGUUGCUUAUAGUCAUCGUUGAAAGACAGGUCAUAAACCUUGUUCGGGACAGUCCUCCCCUAAGCACUUUGGCCUCCAUCACUGCCUUGCAGCCCAUCUUUUAUGUGCUGCAGCAGGCUAACCACUGGAUGUUCAUGGGUUACUCUCUGGUGCCAUUUUGCCUUUUCACCUGGGACAAAUGGAUGAAGGUGUACAAGUCUAUUUAUUUCCUUGGCCAUGUGUUGUUCUUCACCUUAUUAUUGGUGUUGCCUUACAUUCGCAGAUUAAUUGUGCCACGAAAAGAGAAACUAAAGAAAGCAGAAUAACAGCCAAAAGGUAAGGCUGUACUAUGUGGAGAGAAUCCCACACUUGGACUAGGAGGUGAAGCGGGGCAGCAACGUGAAAGGCAAACAUAAAAACACCCAAAUCAAAUCCAGCACUUCUCUCUUUUUCAGAUUGUACCAUCCGUGCAUUUGUAGGAGUUGAUUUAACACUCCGGAAGCAAAGCAUCACCUGCCAAGUUUGCUGUGUUGAAGUAUGACUUUUUUCAACGCAAGGAGGGGGAAAGAGAAAGCCCAGGGUCAGAGACCCGAAAGGAGGGGGAAUGGAGUAAGCCUCCUUCCAGAUCCUCCACCUUCUGUAUGUUGCCUUAUUUC